AUGGCGACAAUCUUCCCAAAUAAUCUCUAUCGCCUUCGCCAGGCGGGUUCGUUGUGCAAGGCCUUUGGGAUCAAACUCACACCGUCGGCGUCGGUCGUGCAGAUAGCCGCCUCGGCGGGCUUUGACGCGCUAUUCAUCGACCUCGAGCACUCGACCCUGUCGACCAACGACGCAAGCCAACUCUGCACGACGGGCCUAUUGGCGGGGAUCACGCCGUUCGUGAGGGUGCCGUAUCAGUGCGGCGACGGGUUCGUCCAGAGAGUUCUGGACGGAGGAGCCAUGGGGGUCGUUUUCCCGCAUGUGAGCACGAGAGAGGAGGCCGAAUCCGCCGUCUCCAUCUCAAAGUACCCGCCGGCCGGUAAGCGCUCGAUGACGGGCCAACUCCCUCAGUUCUCGUACGCGGCCCAGCCGCACGCCGUCGUGAUCCCUGAAUCCAACAACGCCGGCUCGACCGUCUUCGUCAUGAUCGAAACACAGGAGGCGCUCCAGAAUCUCGACGCCAUCGCCUCCGUCCCCGGCGUCGACGUCCUCCUCGUCGGGUCGAACGACUUGUCCAUCGAACUCGGGAUCCCCGCGCAGUUUGACAGUCCGGUGUACAAGGAGGCGCUGGAGAAGGUAAGCCAGGCGUGUAAGAAGCAUGGAAAGAUCAUGGGCUUGGCAGGCGUGUAUGAUAAUCCCACGAUUCAGGGGUGGGCAGUGCACGAGCUGGCCGUAAGGUUUAUCCUUGGUGGACAGGAUGCGAGUUUUAUUGCGAAGGGGGCGAAGGGUUGUGUUGACACGUUGGGUAGACUCUAG